AUGACCAAGGCGGCCGCCGCUUCGAAACCAUGGCAGCCGGCGGUGCUGGACGCCGAGUUCUCGCCGCAGGUGGCCGAGCUGCUCCAGACGGACCACGGCCGCAGGGACCUGUCCUCCCGCGUACGCCGCAGAGACGAGGGCCUCAGGGCCGCGGUCAAGAAGCACCUGCUGGCGCUGGGGUGGACGAUCCUGUCCAGGCCCAACGCCGCCAUGUUGACGAGGCUCCGCUACAAGGCGCCAGAUGACGACAAGUCCUACUGCUCCCUGCCGGACCUCAUCAUCGAUAGAGCCGCCGCCUCUCACCUCAUCGUCGAUAGCGAUAACGCCGCCGCCGCCGCCGCCUCCGCCUCUCAGUUUGAACAGCAGCAGCAGCAGCAGCAGCAGCAGCAGCAGAUUAUUCCGCCACAGACCAAGGACUCCAGCAGGGGCAGCAGCAGGGAGCAAGAAGAAGGCGACGAUGAGGAAGUCGAUGAUGACACGGAGGAGGAAGACGACGAUGAGCCAGCGGAGGAGGAAGACGGCGGCAAUAACGACCAGAAGAAGGACGCCGUCAUUGCCGAGUACAUCGCGCUCAUGGCGACAAACGAUCGGGCCAGGGGCCGCAGGGCGAACCGUCUGCGCGACAGCGCCAAGAGGCACCUCCUGUCGACCGGGUGGACGUUCUGGAUGAAGCUCAAGAGCAACGGCAGGGAGGAGCUGCGCUACAGGGCGCCCACCGGACGCUCCUACAUCUCCCUCCACACCGCCUGCCAGGCCUUCAAGACCAGCCGGCAAGCCGCGUUGCCGACGACGGCCUCGGCCUCGGCUUCCAACAGCAGCAGCAAGAUUGAUAGACGCCGGGUGCAUGCGACUCCUGCCACCAUACUGCGUGCUGUGCGCCCCAGCAGAGUUGGAGACGAAGACGGCGGCACCAGCCAUUGCCGCCCGGUUGUGAUGAUCAGGAAGAAAAGGAAACUAUCCGAACUGAUCGGCGACGGCAGCGACGACGCCGUGAACGUGACGAUGAAGAAAUGCACCACCAUCAAGAAGAAGGAAACGUGCUGUCAAGUGGUGGGCGCCGGUGGCACCCAGCUGAUCAAGAAAUCCAUCACCACGACCACCCUGACCAGGAAGAAGAGGAGGAAGAAAGCAACCGCCUCCAAGAGCCAAGCGCGCGUCCUGCGGCCCAACAGCACGGCGUCGGCGUCGGCGUGCCAGCGUCGCUCGCGGACGCUCCUGUCCGUGCUCAUCGACAAGGACAUCGUGGUGCCGAGGGACAAGGUGACGUACAGGGCGGCGAGGCACGGGCCGGCGGCGAGGGACGGGUUCAUCACCUGCGAGGGGAUCAGAUGCAUGUGCUGCAACAACACCUUCACGGUGGCAGAGUUCGCGGCACACGCCACCGCACGCCGGGGGACCGUGACCGACCGCCGUGAGGCCUGGGCAUGUGUGUUCCUCAAGGACGACAGGUCCCUGUCGCAGUGCCUGGUGGAGCUAAUGAAGCGCGACGUCGCCGUCGUCGCGGCUAGGAAUGGCGGCGUGAGGGUGAAGGAGAAAUGCAGCGACCCGGAGGGCGACUCGGUGUGCUCCAUCUGCAACGACGGCGGCGAGCUGCUGCUCUGCGACAACUGCCCGUCGGCGUUCCAUCACGCCUGCGUUGCCCUGCAGGCCACUCCGGAGGGCGACUGGUUCUGUCCGUCAUGCAGAUGCGGCGUGUGCGGCGGCAGCGACUUCGAUCACGAUACCACCGCUGGGUUCACGGACAAGACCAUCAUCUACUGCGAGCAAUGCGAGCGUGAAUGUCAUGUGGGAUGCGUGAGACGCCGAGGUUCCGAGGAAGAAGAAGACAGCGCAGCGGAGUGGUACCGGCGACUAGAGGAACAAGGACACUGGCCGUGGCUUUGCAGUCCCGAAUGUAGCAAGGUAUUCCAGCAUCUGCAGGGCCUUGCUGCGGCGGCCAUCCCCACUGCAGUAGAAGGCGUAUCACUCAACAUUCUGCGCCGGCGGCGACGACAACAACAGCAGGAGGAGGAGACGACGGACGCCGCAGAGCACGGGCAGCUGUGCUCCGCGCUGGACGUGCUCCACGAGUGCUUCGUGACCCUGAUCGAGCCCCGCACGCAGACGGACCUCACCGCCGACAUCGUCUUCAACCGAGAGUCGGAACUGCGCCGCCUCAACUUCCGCGGGUACUACGUGGUGGGCCUGGAGAAAGCCGGCGAGCUCAUCACCGUGGGGACGCUGCGGGUGUUCGGGACCGACGUGGCGGAGCUGCCUCUGGUGGGCACCCGCUUCGCGCACCGCCGCCAGGGCAUGUGCCACCUCCUCGUCACGGAGCUCCAGAAGGUGCUGCGACAGGUGGACGUCCGCAGGCUGGUGCUGCCCGCCGUGCCGGAGCUCCUGCCCAUGUGGACAGGCUCACUGGGCUUCCACCCCAUGACCCACUCCGACAUGAUGGAGAUCGCGGCGGAGCACGCCAUCCUGAGCUUCCAGGGAACCACCAUGUGCCAAAAGAGUCUGCUUGCCUAG